GUUUGUAAUAAUAUGAAUUAUCAUCUCCUAAACUUAAACCUAAUGCACCUCUAUAAAUAAAGGGUUUGGAAAAGUGGUAGAGGGGAGAAAAAACAAGAGAAAAGGAGUCGAGAAAACUUACGAAAUAGACGAUCCCACCACAACAGCUAAUGAAGAACACUGCUGAACUUCCUAUUUGUACUUUGAAAGUUGAUUUUGGGUGCACAAAUGGUUGUCAUUCGGAUGUGAAGAAAACGUUACAAGAACUAAAGGGAGUGAAAACUAUUUCUGUUGAUCCAAAGCAAGGGAAGGUAAUAGUUGUUGGUAAUGUAAAUCCCAUGAUGCUAAUUAAACUUCUUCGAAAGAUAGGUAGAAAAGCACAACUUUGUUCGUUACAAGAACCAAAGGAAAAAGGAGCUGGUUCUCAUGCAAAAAAGAAGCAUCAUUCUCGUCGGUGUCAUGAGAGUAGUGACACUGAGGAGGAGUAUGAAGCCAAACAAGUUUAUGGUCAUAAUCAUAAGACACAUCACAAUCAAAGGAGCAACAAAAUGCAUGACCAAAAUAACAUGUUUGAUUUUCGUAAUCAACAUGCACAACCACGACCGGCUGCUGGACACCAACACGCGCAACCACCACCGACUGCUGGAAACCAUCGCGCACCCCCACCACCAUUUGCUGGAUAUCAACCCGGACCCCAACCACCGUUUGCUGGAUAUCGACCACCGCCACCACCAAUGUCAGGGUACCGACCAUUCUCACCACCAAUGUCAGGGUAUCAACCAUUCUCAGGAUAUCGUCCACCACCAAUGCCUUGGUACCAACCUCAACAUGCUGGAUAUGCAAUACCACCACAAAUGUAUCCAGGAUCAGGGCCUCUACAUGGUUACAAUGGAUAUAGUCAUCCCAUGGGACCACAUGGUUACAAUGGAUAUGGUCAUCUCAUGGGACCGGAUUAUGGACAUUAUGGUUCAAGGAUGCCAAUGUCAAGACCCAAUCCCAUGAUCCACUACAACAGUUAUGCUGACAAUUAUCGCUAUACUAUGUAGAUGAAGUAUGUCAAAGUUGUUGGCUACAAGAACUUACUAUGGUUUACUUUUCAGACUAUUUUUUUCGGUCUUGGUAUCUACUUUUAAGACAUAUUUUGGAUACUACCUUCUUUUUAUUUCGAUAUUAUCCAAUUAUGUUAUCCCAUUUUCAUUU